CUUAUUAUGGCCUGAGUUCUGUGUAAAUUCUGUUAACGUUCGACCGGGUAUUUUCUAAACGACCCGAGUUCAAUUUAUAUAGUGAACACUGGACGAAGCUUCGAUAUUACGCGUUAUUAACACGGAUGCAGCUAGACGGAGUACGAUUGUUUAUCGGAGGAACACGGAAACGACGAGCUGAGUAACGAGACUGAACUUGGAUGACGAGUUAAUUCUUCAUCCAGAGGUGAAAGGGUAAGAUGGCAAUCGGCGCGCCAAAAAGGAGAAGCAAUCAUCCCCGGGGAAUCGCGACGGACGCUCAUCAACGGUCAAACUGUUAAAGUGUAGCCCCGUCUUCGAGCCGGUUCAACAAGAAUCACUUCCGGCCACUGUACACACCCACGCACAGCAAUAUCCGUGCGAGCUGUCCGAGGGGCGACGGCGAACGGGCCACGGCCGGAACUACCGUGGAAGGCUCGGCGGUUUGAUUGGAUUUGCGGUUCAGCCCAGAUUUGGUAUUAAGAAGGAUGGGUUGGACACUCACCGGUCUUGGGGUGGCUUUGGUCAUUGUCGCCGUGGCUGGCGCCGCCCUGGCUCUCUGCAGAAGGUAUCGCAUCGGGUGGCAAUGGGGACCGAGGAACGUGUGGAACGUCUGCGAGGAAUGGCGGCAAAGGUUGUCCUGGCUGUGGGCGCCGCGGGAAGAGAAGGUUGGCCUGGUGAAAGCACAAUAUCCGACGGCGCAGACAAUCCCUGGCUUGUAUCGGCAAACUGGAAACACGUCUCAGCAUCUGCUUCACAGCGACAGCGACCUCAGGCUCGACGCGCAAGGAGCUUUCACAAGAUUCGAAUCAGUGGACAGGGACCUCCAUCCGCCUCUGAGCACCACCGGCAGCGCAAUACCGCCGCAACCUCUGAGGCCGGCGCCCCAACCGGGGCCACCUGCUCGUCCAAGGCUGCCUCCACUUCAGACCUCGAGUACCAUAGACUACCUAAGAAUGCAAGAGUCUGGCCCGGGUCCAUUAACUCCGCCCCCGUCGUUGCAAAGGCCGUCGGUUCCCUCGAGACCCGCCAGGCCGUCCGUCUUUCUCUUCGAGACGCAGCCGCCGAUCCAGAGCUACGGACUCCACAAAGCGCCGAACGAAUCUUCUCCGUUCAGGUACGAGGAGGCCGGCACGAACUCGGUCGCGGACAGCAUACACAUGGACUCGCGGCUGCGAUACGAGCUGGAGGAAGAGCGGCGGAAGGAGAAUAGGUGUAGCCCUUACAGGCAAUUCGACGCUGUCGAGUCGUCGGCUAGGAUGAGGUACGGAGUCCACGGUGGACAGAUGUCCAACCUAGACGGUAAGGUCGAAGAGGACAACAGCACCGGCUACGGUGGCCACGAGAUCAAUCAGAGGAACCACAUGGUGACCAUCAGCCAGACCGUCGUGGAGCCUAUGUUCAAACCAGGCGCGUUGCCCAAGAUGCUGCACAGCACGCAGAGCCUGGGCAACGAACACGAGCACAAGAGCAACGAGAUGCAGAGCAUCGAGAUGAAACCGUUCAGGAGCUGUAGCCUUCAGGACAACAUAGACACGUCGUAUUUGUUCUGGGAGUCGCAAGGCUUGCAGAAGGUGUCCCAGUACAUCCGCAGCCUGCCCGACCGCCCCAUCUACGACCCGAUGAACGAGCUGGACGAGGAUCACGUGUUGUACGACGACACGAUCGCGGAGCCGAUCAACGUGAUGAACUUCAACACGGACUCCACGCCUAGCCCGGUACCGCCGCCGCCGGCGCCGCCUGAUCCUCUACAAGAUGUGCCAAAGAAGAACGGGAAGAUCACCGGCGAGAGGAUAUUCAACGCUCUCAGAUUGUCCACCCUGCAGAAUUACAUCGACCCGUCGAAGUUUUACAAUUCGAUCCUUUCCUCGCCGCAACAAACCGAACAGUACUCUUUUCCGUCGAGAUUUCCGUCGCUGAUAGAGGAUAGCAUCAAUAGUCAGUUGCAGAGCGAUAUUCAAGAUAUUUACGGAGAAAACGAUUCCGACGUGUUAAGCGUUGAUGGUUCCAAACGCAGCUCUGAUCUGUAUAGUCCCGAGCUCAAUUUGGAAGCUCAAAGGACUGCGCAAGAGGUUUAUAAUAGUUUACAAAAUCCUCCGUCGUCGCCAUUGUUACUCAAAAAUCACAAUCAUGAGAUCUAUGCCGAUGAGACUGAUCCUAGUUUAACGAGGACUUCGGAGGAUAUUCUGAAUAGUAUCGAACAAAGGAGAAAAAGUAUGGAAAGGCAGAACGGCAUAUUCGACGAGCUGAACGAGCUCGAGGACACCCAUGCGUUUGGCUUCUUUUGCAGAAUGCGAAACAACCAAGACUUUGGCAGCGUGUUCGACGACAUACACAUGAAACAGAGAUCGUAUCAGGAGGCGUUCAUCACGAAUUCAACAAUGAACGAUUACAAUGGGAUCAGCCCCGGAAAUCGGCGAGGGUCGCAGGGACCGGAACCGGAGCCUCCGCCGGAUGAAUCGAACCUGAAGAGGGCGUUAAGCUGCGAGAGCAUGUGCUCGGACACCAGCGUGGUAAUUACUGACCUCGAAGAAGCGCCUAUCGUCGGAUUGGUCUGCCUCGGCGUCGAAUACGACAUCGGCCGUGGUUUAUCCGUCAGUAUCCUCGAGGCAAAGGAUCUCCUUACACCUGACGGACAACCUGCACAAAAUACAUACGCUAGAGUAUCCCUAGUAUCGGACACAAUCUACACGGAUCAUCACCUGAAAACUAGACUGUACAAGGGAAGUUCGUCGCCGAGUUACCAGCAAAACUUUUUGAUCGGCCUUCACGGUCCUCCCACCGGCAGCAUUCUGCUUAUCGAAGUGUUUUCCAGUGUGGAUGACAAUGACACUCUGAUAGGAAGAGCAACGUUUCAACUGGGACCUGUACCGAGGGCGCCAGCAACAACAUGGUUACCCCUUACGGGGUCACCUCUGCCGACGCCACAAUUAGGUGAAUUAAUGUUCUCCUUGAGCUACUUACCAACUGCUGAAAGACUCACCUUGGUUGUCGUGAAGGCGAAGAAUUUGCGUGGCGUUAGUAAUGUGCCGGGGGAUUUCUUCGUUAAGGUUUAUUUGCUGCAACAAGGGAAGAAAAUCCACAAAAAGAGGACGUCCAUAAAGAAAGGCGAAAACAGUCCAAUAUUCAACGAGGCAAUUAUUUUUGAUGUCUCCACGCUCGCUCUUCAGCACAUACAGCUGAGAUUAACCGUAGCAGAGAUAAACGGCGAUCAGAGCAUAAGCUCGAAGCCGUACUCCGUCGGGCACAUUAUCGUGGGACCUACGUCGACCGGAAGAGCGUUGGAGCACUGGACGCUGAUGCUGGCGAACGUGAGACACCCGAUCGCCAAGUGGCAUCCGCUCAGAAAGUGAACGUAGACGUCGCCGAUGUAGGGAGAGAUGUUGUAUACGGUUUACGUUUCGAGGUAUACAUGGAGAACGGUAAUGUUGUCCGACUUUUUGUGCAUAGAUUCUAUAAUAGAUUCCCGUGGCGUAGGAAAAAGACGUGUAGAAGAAGCUUUAGCCGUUGCGUUUCCCGCCGAUUAUUAUCAAUAAGAGAAACAGAGAACGUAGCCCGUUUCGUUAAGACGCAUCGCAAAACUGGUGAAUUACAGGGUGCUGACGUAUUAAGGCCUCAAGUAACCUCACGACAUUUUCCAUUAGCGUUGUAACUAUGAUAAGUAUGUAAGUGAUUCCUCCGUGUCUCCGGCAUUCCACCGUUCUCCUCUAUACUUUACCAAAACGCGGAGGCGUGCGAGCUCUCUCGUCUUUUCUCCUGUACGUUCGCUCGACGCGUUCCUGGCGCAACUGGAGAACGCGUGUUCUUCGAAUUUAACGGUAAACUUACCGAAUAACUGGGAUGACUUAUUCCUGAUCUCUUCGAAAAAUUGAAACGAUACAUUUGCCGAGAUUCGAUUAGUCUUGUUUACGUGUAAAUACACGAUUAACUCUUUGCACUCGAGUUUGUCGUUACAAACUGUAAAAUUUUGUCGUUGAACAUAUUAUAUUUAUAUCUAUAAUCGAUAAGAAACAGUAGAAUACACUCAUGACUUUUCUUUUCAUUCGAGUAUAAUUGAUUUAUAUGUUAAAAUGCUUUUUCUAUUAAAAUUACUUGUAGUUGCUGGUAAUGUCAGCGAGAAAAGGCUUCGAGUGCGAAGGGUUAAUUUAAUUACCGAUAAGUUAGCUACGACGUUUCGACGUCUUCGUUCUAUUUCGGUGCACCGGGAGAACCUCUGUGAAAUCAUCUUGAUUUAACGAGGCAAAUGUUCAAAGUACGCACCGACGCGGAAAAAUCGUACGAGAACGCGUUCCGCGCACGUUCCUGCGAAUCGAGCUGAAACAAUCGCACGCCUCCGCGCACACUCCUACACGUGGUGCAAGCGAUAUGUUGGAGUUAGAAAAAUCAACCGAACAGAACGGUUCACCGAAGAAUUUAAGAUCCACCAUCAUCAUUUCCGACUAAGUGGUAUUAUCGAUGUCAAGCUCGUAUCUUGUCGUACGUGUACUAAAUGGAAAUGCAUGAUAUGUUGUGUCGCUUAAUGUAAGAUUCCACAAAAGAACAAGCAACAAAAACAAGAAAAACGACAAAAAAAGAAAAAAGAUGGACGACGACUCUGUGAUCACGGGCCCGCUCGCGGCACGUCCGCGUCGACGAAUUGGAGACGAGGGACGAACAACGGGUUAAACGGGAGGAGAUUCAUUGA